GUAAUAAGUUCAAGACCUCUGUGUGUCUAUUGUGAAUUGUUCUCCUUCGGAGCUUCAGUCGAGGAACAAACAACAAUGGCUUCCUUCUGAGAACUUCGUUCAAUCCGUUCAUCUUUUAGGCCUUGCAAACUGAAAAGACUUGUUCUUUCCCUAAAGGGUACACGCGUUAACAUAAAAAAUUUGAACUCCGCCGGAAAUUUGAUAUGGCGGCGGCGGCAGCAGCUGCUGGGCAGCUGAAUCUGGAGGAGUCGCCAUCAUGGGGUUCCCGGAGUGUUGAAUGCUUCCAGAAGCUUGAUCAAAUCGGUGAAGGAACUUAUGGGCAAGUGUAUAUGGCCAAAGAGAAACAAACUGGGGAAGUUGUUGCUUUGAAGAAGAUACGCAUGGACAAUGAAAAAGAAGGGGUAUAUCUUUUCUACUGAGUAUCUUUAUUCAUUCGACUUAUUUUAUUGUAGUUGAAAUGUAAACCUCUGGUCUAUAUAGAAAGUGAACUUGUCUUUUAUGUAGCAAAUGAGUUUUUUUUUCUCCAUGCAGUUCCCUAUUACAGCUAUACGUGAAAUUAAACUUCUGAGAAAGCUGCAGCAUGACAAUGUCAUUAAGCUGAAGGAGAUUGUAACAUCUCCAGGUCGUGAAGAGAAUGAACAAGACAAUACAGGUAAAUACAACUUUGACUAAAUUUUGAGGGAUUUUUAACAGUAAAAUCAAAAUGGCUUACAUUAUUUAUGAUUUUUUUUCCAUAUGCAGAUAGUAAUAAUAGGUACAAAGGCAGCAUAUACAUGGUUUUCGAGUAUAUGGACCAUGAUUUGACUGGCCUUUCUGAUCGUCCGGGGCUGAGAUUUAGUAUUCCACAAAUAAAGUGUUAUAUGAGGCAGCUGCUAACAGGCCUUCAUUACUGUCAUGUUAAUCAAGUGCUUCACAGAGACAUCAAAGGGUCCAAUCUUCUCAUAGAUAAUGAAGGGAACCUUAAACUGGCAGAUUUUGGGCUAGCACGAUCAUUCUCCAGUGAACAUAAUGCAAGUCUCACAAAUCGUGUGAUUACUCUGUGGUACAGACCACCAGAAUUGCUGCUUGGAGCUACCAAGUAUGGGCCAGCAGUAGACAUGUGGUCAGUUGGAUGCAUUUUUGCUGAGCUGUUGCAUGGAAAACCAAUCUUAACAGGAAAAAAUGAGCCUGAACAACUUAAUAAGAUAUUUGAACUCUGUGGAACUCCUGAUGAGAUGAACUGGCCUGGUGUUUCAAAGAUGCCGUGGUAUAGCAAGUUCAAGCCUGCUAGGCCUAUGAAGAGACGAAUUAGGGACUUCUUUAGACAUUUUGAUCGCCAUGCUUUGGAACUACUGGAUAAGAUGCUGGCUCUUGAUCCUUCUCAGAGAAUAGGUGCAAAGGAUGCCCUUGAUGCUGAAUAUUUCUGGACUGACCCCUUGCCAUGUGAUCCAAAAAGUUUGCCCAAGUACGAGUCCUCUCAUGAGUUCCAGACAAAGAAGAGAAGACAACAACAAAGACAAAAUGAAGAAAUGGCUAAGAGACAGAAGUUGCCACAUCCACACCAACAUUCUCGGCUGCCUCCUAUCCAACAACAAUCAGGGCAAGCUCAUCAUCCUCAACAAUGGGCUGGACCUAAUCAUCCAAUGAACGUUUCCCAGCCUAUAUUAUCAUCUGGACCUAGUCACCAUCAAUAUGGGAAGCAGCAUGGUCCUCCAGGAGGGCAGAGUCGAUAUCCUUCUGUUGGGAACUCCGGCAAUGGCUUUUAUCCUGAUCGUGGGGGUCAAGGAGGAAACUAUGGUGCUGGCUCAUACCCCUCCCAGGGAAGAGGACAACAAUACCAUGGAAGUGGAAUGCCUUCCACUGGUCACCGUGGAGCUGCCCCCGUUGGAUAUGGGGUUCCUCCAAAUUACUCCCAGAGUAAUCAAUAUGGAGGUCCCAAUGCUGGCAGAGGACACAAUGUUAUGUCUGGCAACCGGAACCAUCAGUAUGGAUGGCCGCAAUAGAGGUCGUGGGUCAUGGUAGGAGCUAAUUACCAGACAUUAAAAUUCAGAGGACUAGUUAAAAGGAAGGUUAGGCAUAAUUCGAGAUGGAGUAUUUCAGAAGAGGUAUGGCUAAUCCCGUUGAACGUGUACAGUGUUUUUUUCCUUUAUGGAAAUCGCUUAACUGAAAACUAAUAGGAGGAUAGAUUUGAAAUUUUGUUUGUGAUCAGCGGUUAACUCGUUUUUUUUUUUUAGUGUGUCAUUGUAACUGAGAAGUUUUCUUUUGUAUCCUGAAGUGUAGUCCCUUUACUUGUGGCACUAUAUCCCCCUAGUAAGUCAGCCACUGGAAAAAGUUUGGUUGCAACUAAACCCCAGCAACUUUUCAAGUAAACUUCUUGCAUAUUAGGUAUUUGGUUCCCCUCUUUUUGACUGAGGGUAGGGUGUGCGGAUGCUGCAUUUUUGCAGCAUGUUUAUUUAGGAAUUAGAUCAAACUUUCAAAAUAUUUUCUAAGCUGAAAGAAAUUCAAGAAAUUUUGCUACCUUCACUCUGCAGCUGAACUACAUUUGAUUGGAUUUCAAUUUUCUCCAAACUCUGUUGAUGCGAAUGUGUUGAGAUUAGGCAUUCUUUCGGCAUUUUGAGAUCAUUUCUUUUGAGUGAUCCCCAAAAUGCGUGAAAAGAUGGGCGCCAUAAGAACUUUUACGCAGAAGAUUUUUGCCGUGAUAUGUUGUCAAUUGGUGGCCGAUGUCAAUUAUCCUACCAAGUGUUAUGGAGCAUUUGGGAGAAUACCAAAUGAAAGCUGUGAUUACCACACCACAUGACCAAGCAAAUGCUGUAUGUUUUUUGAAUUUCGUGUGGAUGUUCAUCCCAAUUGCUUGGGGACAAAGUUGGUGAGUCUGUAAUGGGGGUUAAGGUUUUCCUCACUUUCAGCAGCUCAAUGGGAGGCAAUGGCCUUACUCGGAGCCUUGAGGGACAUCAUCGUCUUAAACAUCCAGCGCCCGCAGGAUUUUCACCGAACUGUCGUCUGCUCCUAGAAGUUAGGAAAGCACCAGAUCAGCUAGCUGUAGUAUAGGUUUAGUGUUAUGUAGGCUAAAGACAUAGUUAGGGUGAAGAGGAAUCUUGUAGAAUGUCCAAUUUAUAAGGUGGAUGAGGGAUAUAGUACAGCGAGUGAAUGAAUCAGACAGCUCUUGCGUGUAUGUAUGACUUUUGUAAUCUUGCUUUCAUAACGAUGAUAGUUGUCUUGUGAGAAACUAUAACGUUGAACUAACACGUAAUUUAGUCCAUAAAAUGUGUAUUCCUAUUUUGAACGCACCAGUAUAACAAAGUUUUACUACACUACAUUUCCGAGACGGAGGGAGUUUCAAACCAUGUCAGCAAUACUCGCAGGUUAUGACUUAUUGAUGAAAUUUCUCCAAUCAUUUUCUGUGGCACUGUGGCAGAAUACAUACAUGAAACAGAGAAAAGAGAUGAUGUGCAGAACAAAAUAGUAAACUGGCCGGAGAAAGAAAUGUAACAGUUGCUCUUGCUAUAACCCACAAUAGUUUGACACCAAUAAACAACAAUGCGAACAAGGAACAAGGCCCCCGUUUUCUCCCCCCUAUGGUUAAUGUCAAAAGAACAACCAAAGGAAGACACUGUCGGAACUUCAUCUCCGAAGGUGUAUACAAACUGAAAAAAUCUAUCUAUCUGUAAGAGUACAGAAAAUUCAUGAUCAUGGGUUGUUUUAAAGAAAAACCCAAUCAAACUGUCAGUAGUUGGUUUGAGCUACUCCACCUUGAGAACUAUCUUCAUGAACUCAUAAACAAAGUAGCUUAUUGCGGCAGAUGGUAAAACCUGAAAGGUAAAACCCUAGUAAGGAAAAAAAAAACCAGGAAGAAUCUGCACAUAUCUCUUUCAGUUACAUAACUUGGACAGAUAAUUUGCUCAAUUACAACAUGGAAGUAAUGACAGACAAAGCAGAGGUUCACGUUGAAAAAAGAUAUACUUUUUAGGUUUGAAGGGUGAAGAAUGAAAACAAAAAUCCUCCAUCCUAUGAGAGGAAAGUCAUUCAUGCUAUUGACCUCAGGGUUCAUAAGCUAAAUAUAGAGAUGGUAUUUCGAUCAACUUCUCAAGAAUUUUUAGUUUCCCAACUUCUCCUCUAGGUUUAGGAGCCCAAUACCCCAAUGGCCUUCUGAUAUUAUUUAAAACCCACGCUUUCUUUGUACCAUUUCUAGAGCCCCUAGGUCCGAGUCUUUGAGAAGCUACUUCAGCUUAUCAAAUUUUCAAGGAAAUCUUUUCUCUAACUACUUCUUCGAGUGUGGGUGCACAGAACCCAGGGUGGGUUGGGGG